GUACCUGGCCUCUGUAUCUCGGUGGAGAUACGCCCAAUGUUCAAAAUAUUAGCUAGCUGUACUGUUUAGCUUCUCGCUCCUUUCUUUUUUUCUUUUUCUUUUUUUGAGGUGGGUGACAGAGAAGCUCAAAGAUUUUAACCAUUGAAAGUUCCAAGAUUCUUAGUAUUCCUACUCAUCCCAAAGCUUUGUUGUCUUCUCCCAUAUUCCAAUUACUACCAAUAUUCCUUUCGCUUGACCUUUCAACGGAAAUGUAGUAAGGCUCCUGUUGGCGUUUAGACUUCCUUCUCCUUUCAUUUCUGCCAAAGUAUAGUUUAUUUUUUACAAUCGGAUAAAGCACUAAACCCAUUUUCAAAGAUUCAUACCUUUCUUGCCGCCUAGUACUUGGAGCAAAUGGUCUUUUAAAUGAGAAGUUGAGAGCUGAUAAUGCAGACAGGCAUACCCAACGGUAAAAAAUUAAAGGAGUCUAUAUACAUAGGUAUGUAGGAGAUCAAAAGUAGAGGCCGCCGUUUUUUUAACAAACGGAGCAGCUGGGCUUGAACGCAGAAUUUCUGCAAAGUCUCUGCGUGCAUGUCCUCACGAAGGGUGCCAAAUAAUCAAUGAUUCUAAUUUAAUAUCACAAGCUAAAGGGCAAAAGUAAUUCCAUCAUGACCCCCGCCGCCAAAGUCGUUAUAUGCAAUAGGUGCAACAAACAGUACUCGGUGGCUAAGUACGCGGCAAUUAUUCGCUGUACAGAAUGCAAAGUCAUUAUACCCGGGCCGGCAAGUGUGGAGCUGGGACAUCAAAUCCGACAUGCAUUAUCAAAGACAAAGAGUACUCUUCAUCAGUCAUUUGGAAAUGGCGGUAAAUUGUUGAAGCGUAUGCACUCAAGCAGUACUAAUGUUUCUUCGCUGGAUACUAAGCCGCCAUACGCUGCAGGUAAUUCGGGUGAGGCACACGGAAUGAAGCGCGCACUUCUUUGUGGGGUUACUUACCGGGACAAGACAUACAGCCUCAAAGGAACUGUUAAUGAUGUGAAGAGAAUGAAAGUUUUGUUGAUGCAACGCUUUGGUUAUCGUCGGGACUGUAUUCGCAUCCUCACAGAAACUGGAUCGGAGAGUGAUUUUAGUCCGACGAAGAAGAAUAUACAAGAGUCGUUGAAAUGGCUUGUGGAAGGUUCGGAAUCGGGAGACUCAUUGGUGUUCUACUUCUCUGGACAUGGCUUACGUCAACCUGAUUUCAAUGACGAUGAGAAAGAUGGGUUCGAUGAAACUAUCUGUCCGGUUGAUUUUAUGCAGGAAGGGAUGAUCCUUGACAACGAGAUCAAUUCCACCAUUGUUCGUCCUCUCAAGAAGGGUAUCACUCUUCAUGCAAUCGUCGAUGCUUGUCAUAGUGGAACCGUUCUGGAUCUCGAGUAUGUAUACGACCUACCCAAGGACAUUUGGAUUGACAACAAACCUCCAUCGAAAGCAGAUAAAAGUACAAGCGGUGGAUUGGCGAUUUGCCUGAGUGCUUGUGGAGAUGAUGAGAUGGCUUCCGAUACUUCUGCUUUCACCGGAAAGGAUAUGACUGGUGCAAUGACUUUUAUCUUGAUCCAUGUUGUUGAGAAUGUACCUGAAAUAACAUACGGAAGCCUGCUGGACCAAAUGCAUGAGGUUAUCGAACAAGUAAAUUAUAAAAGAUGUCUCACUGUCCCAUGCUUACGGAUACUUCUCGGCCACAGAAAAAUAGAGAAUCCUAUGCUGUCAUCGUCUCAAGAGUUCCCGGUUUACUCCAAGAAAUUUUUGCUGUGAAUCAUGUUAUAUACGUGCUGCAUGAUGGGCGAAGAGUACUAUCUAGAUGCAUGCAGCCUUCAUUGCCAGAUCGAGCAUAAACUACUUAUACGUACUUUUAGCUUUUCUUCUAAUUCCCAGAUCAUGUCAUGAUCUCUGCUGAAUUUUCUCGAUGCACGAGUUGGAUCAAUAAGUAGGUUCUUCUACAACCAGUUUUUCGUGCAGAAUGAAGAAAGAAUAAUCAAAAUAAGCCAUAACCGAUUGGAGGGCGCGCGGGUCGGUAUAUCGAUCAAAGAAUACAUCUUCAUGUAAUUGAUAUGGUUAAUUAUUUAUGCAAUAAAUCCCUGCUUUUGAUUUUCU